UAGGGUGUGUGCGCGAGCGCGCGUGCGCGCGCAACCGCUGGAGAAAGAGAGCCGAGCGCGCUCCCCUCCCGGCCUAGCGCUGGUGGUGGCGGUAGAGGGAACGAGCGAGCGAGCGAGCGCGGGGUCGCUCGGCCGGCCGACUAUUUAACUCCCCCCACCCCCACCCCGCUUUCUCCCAAGGCUGGUUCUUCCUCCGUUUUAUUUUCGUGUGUGUGAGUGAGUGUCGUUUUGGCGGCCAUCGUCGAGAUAAGCCCGCCCGCCUCUUUUACUCCUUCUUUUAACCCCCCCUUUUUUAAAAAAUUCCCUCCAUCCCCCCCACCCCCGUGCUCGCUUCGCCAGCUCAUAGCGCCCUCCUCACACGGUCCUCUCGCGGCCCGUCCGGGGGUGGGAGCCAGGCCGCGGCUCGCCGCCCAGCCCAGCGCCCACAGUUUUCAAAACUUAUUGGGAGCUGAUCACAUCUCUCCACCCCCACUUCCCUGAUCCCCAGAUGUUUGACAUCCCUUAUAUGGACAAUUCCUGACAUCAAAUAAAAUUGGAAGGGAUGCUGAUCACCUUUCCUUUCUAACAAAAAUGCAAGAUCUGCUGUACAAGUGUUUACUUAAAACUGCCAUUAUAUCCUGUAUGCCUUACUCUCCAAAAUGAGUCGUCAAACUGCUACAGCGCUUCCCACGGGUACCUCCAAGUGCACACCAUCACAGAGGGUGCCUGCAUUGACUGGCACCACCGCUUCCAACAAUGACUUGGCUAGUCUCUUUGAGUGUCCUGUCUGUUUUGACUAUGUACUGCCACCUAUUCUGCAGUGCCAAAGUGGCCAUCUUGUUUGUAGCAACUGUCGUCCCAAGCUCACAUGCUGUCCGACCUGCCGAGGCCCACUGGGUUCAAUUCGUAACUUGGCUAUGGAAAAGGUUGCCAACUCUGUACUGUUUCCUUGUAAAUAUGCCUCCUCUGGCUGCGAAAUCACUUUGCCCCACACUGAAAAAGCAGACCACGAAGAGCUUUGUGAAUUCAGGCCUUAUUCGUGCCCAUGUCCUGGUGCUUCUUGUAAGUGGCAAGGCUCUCUAGAUGCUGUCAUGCCUCAUCUCAUGCACCAGCAUAAGUCAAUAACGACGCUACAGGGAGAAGAUAUAGUUUUCCUUGCUACAGACAUUAAUCUUCCUGGUGCCGUUGACUGGGUUAUGAUGCAGUCUUGUUUUGGCUUUCACUUCAUGCUUGUAUUGGAGAAACAGGAGAAAUAUGAUGGUCACCAGCAGUUCUUUGCAAUUGUACAGCUGAUAGGAACACGGAAACAAGCUGAAAAUUUUGCUUAUCGACUUGAGCUAAAUGGUCAUAGGCGACGAUUGACUUGGGAAGCAACUCCUCGAUCAAUUCACGAAGGGAUUGCAACUGCCAUCAUGAACAGUGACUGUCUAGUCUUUGACACCAGCAUUGCACAGCUUUUUGCAGAGAACGGCAAUUUAGGCAUUAAUGUGACGAUUUCGAUGUGUUGAAACCGUGAUCUGACGUUUUCAGGCCAGUGUCUAAAAACAACCCACAGCAUUCAGUUUCAUAGAACAAAGGUAAACAUCUUUGACUGCCAGAUGUGAACAAUUUGGUAGGGAGGGGUUAGCAUAUAUGAAGGUAAAUUAAUAGGAAGGCUGUUAAAGUACAGGAAACAGUUGCAUGUAAUAACACUAAUAUAUUUAAAAUAAGUCAGCAGUAAACCACUGAAAAUAUAUAUAUAUGCGUGUAUGUGUAUAUAUAUAUAUAUUCUACCCAAAAUGGGCAUCUUUUUGUAUUAAGAACUGAUUGAAUGAAAUGUGUUGUAAAAUAAUUCUAAACUUGUUUGUAGAUUGAUUGUACGUUUGGAACAGAUACUGUUUUGUGUUUAAUUUGUAUUCUUUUCCUUUGACUGACAAGCCAUGCAAGGCGGUCCAGUCUCUGGCCGCUACUUCCCCCUAUUCUUCCUCCCCUCCCACUGCGUAAGUCACUACAUAGUAUUGCUGCUGUUCUUGUGUAAAUUUUCUGUGUAUUUGCUAAUUUUUAUUAACUUCUAGUUUUUCAUUAAAUAAAUGAUUUUUUUCUUUUAUGUAAUUCAGGUUUUUCCUUUUUCCUUUUUUUGACCCUUUGAGAUUAAUUACAGGUGUCCAUUUUCUGAUACUUAUAAUUACUUAUGGUAAAGUGUAUACUUCUGUAUGUUUGGUAUCAUUUUUAGGGGGGUGCAAUCCUGCCACUGGUUAUAUAGUACAGAUAAGUCCUGUGGACCUAUAUGGAACUUAAACCUGAGUAACUCUGCAAAGGAUUGAAGUCCUUAGUCUCUUUCCAGUAGUUCAUUCAAUGAUACUGUUGUUCAUUCAGCUAUUUUUGUGAACAUAACAGUGUCUAAAAAGGGGCAACAUUGAACUGAUUCCUAAAAAGGCUUCUUUUAAAUUGUAGAUGCCAUUGUAUUUUGAGUUCAAGCAUAACUGCAGAUUUGUUUGAGAAUGUUCUAAUUUAAAAAAGUGGAAGGUCAGGCACAUUUUCAAAUGACUUUAGAGACCUUUAGACAUUUUGAAGUCAUUCUUGUAUUUAUUGGUUGUGCAGUACAAGAAGGCAUUGUCUAUACAGUAUUUGUAACUAUAAAUUACAGACCAUUUGUUUAAAUGAGGCAGUUGAAAUAAGCUGUUUUUGGUCUUUUUUAAAUUCUGUCAUUAAAAGAAUUCCUGGCAAACUGAAAA